UGCCUCGCGCGAUGUUCUCGCGUGUUCUGGUCAUGAUGAGAGCUUCUUGUUUUCAUCAUUUCCCCGCUCGGCCGCUGCGCUCGGGGCCUCCAGCGGUUGGAGGAGGUGCGUAGGAGGAAAAUGGACUGCGCAUCUUCCGCUCGGCCCGUCCUAUCGACCGCUUGGAUGCUGCAGCGGGGACCGGUGGCGCCGUGCACGGCGGCGACGGCAGCGGCGCCUCUACGCUUUUACGCUCAUCUACCUCCUGCAACCAGCUGCGCUUUUACGCUUCACUAUCAGAUGUUUUUUUUUAACUAAAUGUCGCAGCGCGUAGGAUUUGGAGCAGCAUGCACGGAUCCGAAUACUCAUUCUUGACGCUUCUGAAUCAGAUUUGUUAAAAUUUUGGCCGUUCACAUCACAUUAAAGACGCAGCCAUGGACAGCAAGAGCAGCUUGUCUCGGCAGAUCGAGAGCGUGGAGAGGAGCGUGCUGUUCCUCAGGCAGGAGCACCUUACCAUGCUCCACGGCCUCCACCUGGAGAUCCUCUCCCUCCAGAAACGCUGCUCAGAGUUGACAAGUGAUUUGAAUGUGAAGCCUGCAGGUAGAAGCCAAAUAGAGCUACAGGAGGAAGAAGAGUUUCUGGAGGCCCGCUGUGAGGAGGUUGAGAGCCGUCUGGCUGAGCAGGAGUACACUAUAGCAGAGCUGCGCAAAGAGCUGAGCCACAAGGGGUCGCUGGUGGGAGCCCUCAGAGCCAACCUUAAAGAAAAGGAGCGCCAUUUCCUGGAGGAGUUGAAACGCCGUAGCCACUGUUCCACCACUCUCAACACCGAGCUGCAGAAACAAACAGAAGCAGCAGCAUACCUCUCCUUCCAGCUACACGCUACCAGGCAGAAACUGCACCAGCAGCGGAUGCAGCAAAGGCAUGGACUCCUAGCCAGAGCCAGCAGCCAGGGGACCCAGUAUGGUGCCGAGCAGAACUCCAUUUCUCCACAGAUGCCGUCAGUAUCCUCCUCAUCUCCCCCUGUGGUCAAGCCCAAGCGUAAGAGUGGGAGGUAUUCCUCGGGACAUGUGAGAGGAGAGCGUUCACGGGAAUGUGUGCCCAUAGAGAAAGUGACUGGCCCUGCAGAGCCCACAGCCAUGCCGGACCCUGCACUUUUCCUGCACCCGCAAAGGCACAGAGCACGCACCAGGCAUGCUAUGGCACAAAGACUGCCUCCACUGGGCCUGGAAAAGAAGGAUGAGGACGGAGGUGUGGAAGAACCAGUGGAAACCCAUGAUGAAGCUGUCAGACUUGUGACUACAGCCACACCGCCCCCUGCUGCUGAGGCAAAGGCAGAGUAGCAAAGGAGGUUUGGACACUAGGAUUUAUUCUCUGACUGUUAAUUCUCUUAACCGUUGUUCUGCACCUUCACUGAGUUGAUACUGAGACUGCUUUUAUCUAUUUAGUACGUAUAUUACAAUUAGAAUUGAUACUUUUCUAACACAGACUUUGAUAUAACCCUCAUUUUCCAAGCAAAACUCUGUUGUGAAUCUUUAUAAAAAGUAGAUACCCUAUGUGUUUACAUAUGUGUCACAUGCUCUGUAUACUAUUGGGCCUUAUUUAAGAGUGACUGUGAGUUUCCCUUUAGUACCAGCUGUUCUUAGGUAAAGGUUAAUUAGCCGAACAGCUGUCUAACCUCGAGGUUGUCAGGGUCUGGGGUCAAUCAUUUCUCUGGCUUCAGGUGAAAAAGUGCAGGGUGCCUCAAUAAGAGUCCUCCAUAUUAAAAGUGACUGGUAAAAGCAGUGACAAAUCACAACUUCACAACUUUUCUUCUUAUCAGAAUAUAAAUUAUGUAUUCAUUGUUGUUUUAUAUGGGAAAUACAUAUUUCUGUUUGGCUACUGAGGAAAUUACAGAGCUUACAGGAAAUCUCAAGGAUAUUGUAGCUCCAACCUCCAUUUACAAGCAUGUUGGUCAAUGGUCCCUAUCUUGACAAUCUGUGGCACAUAGUCUAAAGUGCAUAAUGCAAGAGCAGCAUGUUCAGCUCCACUUUACUAUUUGCACAGUGCGCAAAGUAGGGUGCAGGGUUCAAAAAAGUUUGUAUUUAGUCACUUAAUUAGUCAUGGGUGUGUUUGGGCACAAACCAGUGUGUCACCUGUCCUUCACUUUAAGAGAAAGGUGCACCAGCGACUGGCACAUUGCUAUUUAGAUAGUGAGCUCAGAAGUGAGAGGUUUUCUGGCCAGGAACAG